UGGUCGGGCCGUGUGUGGAGCCGUCCGAAACGGAAGAAGAUGCGACAGUUACUAUUUACGGGCUUCAACGCAUUUGGCCAGCAUGAAUUUGUAAACAGCCCCCACGACGAGUGCGCUGCCAGUGCAGGUUUUCGUGAAAUAAGUGCGCACGACCGCGGCAAUAACAACACAAAGAACCAGUGCACGAUCUCAUUCGCUUGGCGUUACACCGCCUAUGCAUUGGGCCGGAAGUUGUCGCUGCGGGGCCUCCUCGAGACGGAGCCGGGCGAGUGCGUGGAAGUGGAAGCGCCUGGAGAGAUAAAAGCCUUGGCCGCUGGCGACUCGCACUGCCUGGUUCUGCUGUGCACUGGCGAGCUGUACAAAAUCCAGCCCAAACUGGAGGCGACACUGCAAGCGAUUAGACUGGAAAAUCCCCCCCGACCAAGUACGGCAACGAAGCGGACUAUUUUCGGUGCGGUCAAGGCUUCUGCGCCUCCCAGCAUCGAGCACAUUGCCUGCGGAACGAACAUCAAUGUGGCUGUGAACUCUGAAAAUGCGGUGUACUCCAUACCCAGCUGCCUGCAUCAGUUCCCCGAUCGACAGUGGCGAGUCCAACAGCUGGAAUGUGGCCAUGAGCAUGCUCUGCUUCUCAAUGGAAACGGCGACGUGUACACCUGGGGAAAUGGCCUUCGCGGACAGCUGGGACAAGUGGCGUUAUGUGUGGAAGAGACGCCCCAAUUAAUAGAGUCGCUAGCGGGGAUCAAAAUAACUGGCAUUGCUGCCGGCGGAUGGCACAGUGCGGCUAUAUCCGCAUUCGGAGAUCUCUACACUUGGGGUCUCAACUGCAGUGGACAACUGGGCAUGCGCGUCAUGAAACCCAAUGGCUUGCAGAAGGAGCCCACCGUGUAUCCCCUACCUCAGCUGCACGAUCUGCCCGACUGCUGCUGCUGCUCCAGCAAAGAGAGUGGGGCUAAAGACACAGACGUCUGUGAGCCUCUCAAAGUUUUCGCCGGCUCUCGUCACACCCUGCUGAUUCGACGGUGUGGGAGGCUAUGGGCUAGUGGCUGGUGCAUCCACGGUCAGUUGGGCAAGCAACUGUGUGAGCAGAACUUUUUGGACGCAUUCCAAGCUCUUCAUAGAUUUGGUGCAGACCCCGAUGUCGUCAACGUUCUCUGUGGCCCUUGGGCAACGCUGCUCAUGGUUAGGCAAAAGGAGAGUGUUUCCACUGAUGAUCCCAUAUCAUCAAGAUGUUAAAAAGUUUUUUUAUUUAUUUAUUUUAUUUGUCGAGAAUAAAUUACAUAUUGACUCUA